CGUCUCUAACUCCUUUCCCAUUCCUCUCUCCUCCGAAAAUGGUUCGCCAGCGCAUGCUUACUGCUCACUACAGGGAGAUAUUCGGUGAGCCUGGUAGUCAGUUAGACCCGCCAGGUUCUUCUUCAGGUGCCGGCGGUUCAGGUUCUUCAGAUCAGGAGUCUGUUCCCGAGACUCAGCAUUUCUUCCCUCCGAUUCCUCCUCCGAUGGCUCAGCCUCAGCCGAUGGCUCAGCCGAUGGCUCAGCCGAUGGCUCAACCGAUGGUUCCUCCGAUGGCUCCUCCGGUGCCUCCUCCGAUGGCUCCUCCUGAGAUCCCCGCCGCUGUUCAUCCCGAUCUCAUGGUGCCACCUACUGUUCCGUUCUCGCAGUACACUGUCGAGGAUAUUCUUGGUAUGCCAGGCAGAGCUGGUUUACCAAUCAUAGACCCCGACAGACCCGACGGGACUUUAUGGUUUGGGGUUGACAAUUCCCUUGCGACAGAUGUAACCGAGACGAUUAAAGGUUACUUCUCCAUGGCGCAUCCAAACUGGAAAUUGACGCCGAUCUACAUCCGAAAGACGUGGUUCAAGAUUUACGCUCAAAAGUAUCAUUGGUCCAUCGGGGUCAGUGAGAGAGUGAGGAAGGCGUUUUACGAAAAGGCGCAAGUUCGCUUGUCGGACACGGUUUGCAACUGGAAGGGUGCCUGGAUCGUCAAGGGGUACACCCGUGGCAAACCCGCUGAGCUUACCACGGAUGUUUGGGACGGCCUCAUCCGUUACUGGAAGGAUCCUAACUCCAUUAGGAUCGCAAACAUUUGUGCUGCCGCCCGUAACACGGUAGACGAGCACGGUAACGGCCCGAUGCUACACUCUACGGGCCAAAAACCACAUGCCGGUGUCCGUUUGAAAAUGGCCAAAGAGUUGGGACGUCUCCCGACUCUUCCGGAACUUUACGAGCGGACCCACAAAAACAAGGCGGGCCAGUUUUUAGAUGGCAAGUCCGAGCAAAUCUACAACAACGUAAUUGCUCGGGUUGAGGAGCGCCAGACUCAGCUGACCCAGCAGUCCGGCGACGGAUUACCAGUUACCUUAUCCACAACUGAAGUGGAUAAGAUUUACGAGGAGGUUGUCCCUAAGAAAAAGGGACGUACGUUGGGGAUCGGUUCCGUCAAUGAUGUCCCGAGAGCGACAUCAUCUUAUGCUCAGAGACAGACCGAAGAAGUCACUCAGUUGCGUUCCGAGCUGGGCGCGACCAAAAGCCGUGUGAGUGGACUCGAAGCCUUCAUCGACGUUAUAGCGUCCACAAAUCCGGAAUGGGAAGCUUUGUUGAGGAACAUGAAACAACAAAAUCCCAUUCCAGGCGAGUCAUCGGGCACACAUAACGAGGAGGAUGUUACGAGGAGGAGCGAGGAAUUCUACGAGGCGAUGAACGAGCCUUAGUUUUUUUAGUUUUUUUUCGGUUUAUGUAUUAUAAAAUCCAAAACUUAAUUAUAUAUAAAAUAUUUUGUUGCUUGUGAA